AUGGAAUGGAUUCUGAAAUCGAGGAUUUUCCUCGCCGAUCAACUCGAAAAAGCCGAAAAUCGAGAAGAUUUCGAUAGAAAUCUCGUUUUGAAGUACUUGGAAUCACCGAAUUUGACCCAAAUUGAAGUGGUAAGGAAAUUUCCAUUUUUAGAGGUGUUUUUGACCAAUUUAGGACAAGGAAAAGCCCGGAACCAGUGGGAAAAAAGAAAUAAACGAGGAAAUCGAAUCGGCCUUGGAUUUAUUGGCUCAGCAUGCCGGAUUCGUUCGUAUGUUAGUUGAUAAUGAUUUUUAGAACUUUUUAGGAUAAGUAAGUUAAAAAAAUGAAAAAAUCCAUCAGAGGAGGUGAAAAUACAAUGAAGAAGUUUAAAAAAAUAUGAUAUUUUCUAUCAAAAGUUGAUUUUUUUCGAAAAAAAUUUUCGAAUAUUCGGAAGAUAAAUAGUAAUUUUAAGUUCAAAUGAAGGUUUUUGAAAGCUCCCUGAAGAGUUGGGGUUAUUUUUAAACCACAUCGGGACCUUUUUAAAGUACGGAACUUUUUUUAUCCGCUUUUUUUCACCAAAAAAAUUACUUUUUUUGUUCUAGAAAGCUUUUUUUGGAGGGAAAAAGGCUUGAAUUCAGAUUUUUUUAUUCAUUUCUUGAUUUUUCACUGUUCUUGUUCUGAAGAUUUAUGGAAAGCCUCGAAGAAAAAUUUAAAAAUUUUUUUAAUAUUUGAAAAACGUGAAAACGUGAAAAAGUCCAACAAAGUUGCCCGGCGGGAUGACGUUUCAAAAAAAUCAUUAAAUAAUCUUUUCAAGGAAACUUAUCAUUGCGCUGCUCAUUACAAUUUGACUCAAUAAAACUAUUUUUAAUUAUAUCUCAAUUUUUUGAAGCAAAGCAUGCUGGAAAAGUCGGUCGGUUCGGUCACUUUUUUAAGGCGCCUGAUUUUUUAAGUUUUCGAAAUUUGAAACGUUUUUUAGGCCGUAUAAAGAUUUUAACGGUUUAAAAGUACCUGUUUCUUCUUAAUAUGUCGAGUUUCGAAGUCAGUUUUUUUCGAAAAAAGUUUUUUUCUGAAUUUUCCUAUUUUGCCAAAAAAAUGCUCUUCUUGAUGAAAAAUUAUUUCGCACUUGACAAAUUUCGAUUUCAGAUCAAAUUAAAAAAAGGUUGACAUGAAAUUUAUGGAAAAAAAUCUCCUGUUUCGAGCCGUCAAUUUUUUUUUUUGAAACUUUUUUUUUCGAAUUUAUGAAACCUAAAAACUUAACCAUAAUCGAGAAUUUCACUUACUUUGGACACGGAUAUAAUUUUAAACUGAAACAAAACUUUGAAACUUUCAAAAAAUGACCAUAUAGCUGAUUCAUUCACGGCUGGCUUGAGCCAUCGAGAAAAGGGUCCUGCCACGAAAAGAGACGAGACAGUGCCCUGGUUGGUGGAGAGUGCAGACAGGCCACGCCUUUUUGCGUCCCAAGCCAGCCGUGAAUCAUCUAUACCGACAGUUUUUUCCAACAUGCCUUGAAGCUCAUGUCAAAGUUAUCCCUUCUAAAAAUGAUAAUUUUCAAAAAGUUUUUUUGAAAAAAAUUUCGAGAUUUUCAAACAACCCAAAAAUGAUUCAGAAAUCACUGCUGAUGCCAAAAAACGGCUCCGAGACGCGUUUUUGAGAAAUUUGAAAAUGAUGGCCACCCAAUUUUUGUUCGCCGAACAACGUAGAAAAGACGGCCUGGCUGUCCCUUUUUCGGUUUGCUUCAAAUUUUCCCCUCAAAAAAAUUUUAAAAAAUCAAAUUUCAGUCUUCUUUGAUGUGGGUGCUCAGUUUGAACGAAGCGGCGCCGUUGAUUUUGAAAGAGUCUUACGAUGAAACCUACCGUAAGCCGUUGGAUGACGUCAUCAAAGGGUGGCGAUGCUUUCUGGAGGAGGAAGGGAAGCCGAAAGUCGUGGUGGAGGAGACGAGGAAAAGAAAAAGUGAGUUUUUGAGAGGAAAGGGGGAUUUUUUGGAUUUUGAAACAUUUUAUAAGGUCUAGUUGUUUCGUUUUCAGUGAAUUUUGAAAUUUUUCAAAAUUUUUUUUUAUCAGUUGUUUCCCGUUUCUCGAUUACUAUUAAUUGAAAUAAAACGCAACUUUUUAGUUGGUAUGAUGAGAUUAUCCAUUUAAAAUAGCUUAAGAAAACCUUCCAUUUUAAAAUUAUUUCGCGGUUUUAAAAGCUCUUAAAUGUACAAAAAUGUCCAUUUCUCAUGAUUUUUCCGUUUUUAAAGUUUCCCAGAUUCAGAAAAAUAAUUCGAUUUUUUUGAUAAUUUGGCUUCUCAUAAAGUGCGGCGUUUACGAAAUGCGCGACCGCUUUUUUUGUGCUCCACUGCAAAUUAAUAAAAUACGGGCGUUUUUUUCAAAAAGUCCGGCCUAACCCCCCCAAAAAUGUGGCCUUUGAAAAAAAUGUGGGUGACGAAAAAUUCAAAAAAAUGCUUGUUUUAUAUUAAUUUUUUUAAUAGAGCACAAAAAAAGCGGUCGCACUGGUGGUAUUUUGUAAACUCGUGCAUUUUACAACAAUAUGUCAUCACUCAUUUGAAAUUUCCAUUUUUGAUCGUUUCCCCGUUUUUGAAGUUCCCAAAUCUACAAAAAUGUCAAUUUUUGAUGAUUUUCCCGUUUUUUUCAAGUUCUUCUCAAACUCAGAAAAAUUCCGAUUUUCAAUCAUUUCUCAUUAGUUAAGCAUUCCAGAUUCAGAAAAAUGUCAAUUUCUCGAAUUUCAGAUCCCUCGGAGCCAAAAAGGCAAAGAAAAAAGAAGCCGAAGCUUGAAGACGUCAAGAAAAAUAACGAAAAAACUAAUUAAUUAAUUUUUUCUUGUAAGUUUGUAUAAUUUUGUCUCACUAAACUCGUCAUUUUUGUCAUAUAAUUGUCAUAUUUUCAUAAAUUGAUUUUGAAACUUUUUCCUUGGUUCAGUUUUUCUAUAGCUUUCUAAAUAGCUUGAUUUGUACCUUGAAAAAUUCUUUUUGACUUCGAAAUUCUGCAUAUUUUAGGUUUUUAGGAGCUCCAGCUAGUGAUAAUUGACCAAAUGGAUUCGAUUAUUUUUGAACAGGUUGGUUUUUUUUGGACAAAGUUUUAGAUUGUAAUGAUGAAGCAACUUAGGGACGCCAGAGUGGUCCCUAGAGGGGUUAGGGGAAAAAAGCCGCCAUAGGGUGCCCCCUAGAGGGGUUAAAUUCAGCUUUUCCUUCAAGAUGUCAAGUUUCUGACCACCUCAAAACUUAAGUGGUCCCUAGAGGGGUCUUUUUAAAUUUUGUUUAGAUUUAAAAAAAUUAUAAAGAGAAAUUUGAUCAAUUCACCAUUUUUUAAAUUUUUUUUUUUUGAAAAGAUCUAAUUUAUUAAUUUUUUUUUCGUAUGCUUCUCAUAGAAGUCAUAGCAUGUCCUCCUUAAAGGGACCACUUUUUCAAGCUUCAUUGCCUCUUUAAGGAAAGGUAAGUGGUCCCUAAAGGAGAACAUUGAAGGUCUCCUAAGGCUGCCCCUCUAGGGACCACUCUGGCGUUCCUAAGUAAAUAUCCAGCACCUUUUUCUGGUCAUUUUUACAUCUCUUGAAUUUUUUCAAGCCUAAUAAGGAUAAUUUAUAAGGGUUUCCAUAUUUUUAACCUGGAAAAUAAGGGAUUUUAUUGAUUUCUUAAGAAUCAAAAAAAUUGUGGAAGAUUAGACAUUUUGAUCCAUUUUAAGAUGAGCUUCAUGAUUUCUCCUCCGAAAAAAGUUUUUUUGCGAAAUUUCGAGCCCUCGCCUUUUUGGGGGUAGCUGAAGUGGCUCUUAAAGGGGUUUGCAGAUUCAGUGGGCCCUAUAGGGAAGGUAGUAUGAAUUCUUCUAUUUUUGCGAAUUCCCUAAAGUGCUCCCUAAAUGACCAUUUAGAAGUUCUUUCUUAGGAACUCCAGAGUGGUCCCUAUAGACCUUCUAGGGGCUUUAUCAACCCCUAUAGGGGCCACUGAAGCUCGCAAAAGUGGUCCCUUUAGGAGACAUGCUAGACGAUAAUUGUUAUGCACUCUAAGCAAUGAAGCAUUUCCAUGGAAAAACGGAAUAAAUAAGCGUUUUCUGAAAAAUAUUGAAAGACCCCUAUAGGGUCCACUUGAGGGGCUACGGGUCAGACCAUAAACCCCUUUAGGGACCACCUUGAUUUUAUCUCUAUAGGGACUACUUUUUCGGCUCCUAUAUGGGGUGUUUUCCCCCUAACCCCUGUAGUGACCACUCUAGAGGACCUAAGAAGGCUGUUUUUCAUCCCUAUAGGGUCCACUGAAGUUUUCACGGUCCAGAUAUUUUUGUAAAUUAUUUUUUAGGGAGCCUAGUCAUUUUUUUCCUUUUUUCGUCUAGAUUUUGAAUUUAUUUUCAAGUUUUCCAGCAAGAAGCAGCCCUAUGCGGCCAACACGCCUUGAACAUGCUACUACAAGGUUCUUAUUAUACGGCCGAUGUUUUGGCUCAAAUUGCCGAAAGAUUGGAUUCCCGUGAGAAUCAAGUCCUCGAUGAGGUUCCUAGAAAUUUUUCGAAAAAUUCAAAAAAAUCAUCUUCUAGGCCUCGAAAAACGAGAGAAGCCAGAACAUGAACGCCAGCGGCUAUUUUUCGAUCCAGGUCGCAUUUUAGAGAGAAAAAUAAUUAUUUUAGGAGUUUAGGUAAUGAACGAAGCUCUUUCGUCUGGCUGGAAUAUCGAUUUGGUCAAUAUAAAUCAUCCCUCGAUGGCCGAGUUCAAAGCUGAUCCUUUGUAAUUUUUUUCUACAUGUAGUGAAACCCUUAAAUGGUCACUUUGGAUGCAAAUUAUUUUCGAAAAAUCAAGUAAAUGGGAAAAUUUUUAGUGACCACUGCACUAACUUCUAGCCACUUAAGUGACCACUUAUUCGAUUACUAUAGUCGUCACUAAUUUUUAGCCACUUAAGAGACAAUCAAUCCGACGACUAUAGGGGCCAAUAAAAUGACAAAACCCUGGAGUGGUCACUAACUUCUAGCCACUUAAGUGACCACUUGUUCGACUAUUAUAGUGGCCACUAGAUCGUGAAAACCUAUAGGGGUCAUCAAAAUGUAAAAACCCUGGAGUGGUCACUAACUUCUAAUCACUUAAGUGACCACUUAUUCGACUACUACAGUGGCCAUUACAUCAUAACAGCGAAACCCUUAAAUGGUCACUUAGAAUGGAAAUUAUCUUCGAAAAAUCGAACUGGGAAAAUCUCUACUGGCCUCUGUAGAGUUUUGACGAUCUAGGGGCCCUUCUAGUAGUCGAAUCAAUUCUCCCUUUAGUGACCUCUGUAGGGUUUUUACGAUUUAGUGACUCAUUUAGUAGUCGAAUAAGUGGUCACUUAAGUGGCUAGAAAUUAGUGGCCACUUCAGGGUUUUUACGACUUAGUGGCCUCUACAGUAGUCAAAUAAGUGGUCACUUAAGUGGCUGGAAAAUAGUGGCCUUUUUCGAAGUAUAUGUGGUAUUACUGGUUCACUAAAAUCACUAUAGUGGCCACUAAAACGAAAAAUAGUGGUAGAGGUGGGUUUAGUGGUCAAUUUAGUGUCCUUUCAAGCAGCCCUUGAGGAACCUCUUCAGUGGCCACUGGAGAUCUCUUGGGAAGGGAGAUUUUCACAGCAACAUCCAAUAUAGUUCAAGUGAUCACUUAAGAGUUUUCCGUUUCUUUUUUAAUAACUGAGAUACCAUGUAAGAAAUAUUCUGAGCUUUUUAGUUUAUUUGCGAAGAAAAAAACGUAUCAAGUUUGAGGGAUCACUUAGGGAAUUUGAUUUUCGAAACUUUUAUAUAUAAUUAAUUCAACUAUUGAGUUGAAUUAGACUACAUUUUCAGGAAAAAAAAAUCUCAUUUUUUAAUAUAUUUAGACAUUUUCUUUCAAGUGAUCUCUUUAGGAAAACUAAGCAGCCACUUAAGGGGAUGGAUUACGAGUAUAAGCAAGGUUAGAGCAGAAAAAUGACCAGGUUUUGCUUUUCGAAACUCACUAAGUGAAAUCUGAGGGUCACUUAAGGGAUCUCUUCUUUUUUCUUUCUUAUAUUCAAGUAGUUUAUUGAGUUGGUUACUAAUGUAAUAUUUCAAAUAUUGGCUUCCGAAAAAUACACUUAAGUGACCGCUCAACUCAUUUAACAAUGAAAUGAAGAAAGUUGAAGGGAUCACUUGAGGGAUUUUUCUCCAGAAAAGCCAACGCCUUCUUCAUCAACUUCCAAGAACAUUGGUACGUCAUCCGGAAGUUCGGAAAGCAGUGGUUCGAGCUGAAUUCGACGAAAUUCGGCCCGAAAUACCUGUCGGAAACGUAUCUGGAAACGUAUCUUCAUCAGUUGGCCGUCGAAGGUUGAAAUUAGAAUGGCUCACCGCGCGUAGCGGUCGCGAAGCGGUCAUUUUGAGCGAUUUUCAGGGGACUUUACUCAGGGAGUCCAGAGUGGCCCCUAUAAGGUUUAGGGAACGAAGAAUAUAUAUUAGUGGUCCCCAAAGGAGUUUAGGGCCUGACCUCUUCGCUCCUAAAGCCCAAGUGGUCCCUAUAGGGUCUUCGAGGCCCCUAUAGGGUUUAGAAAGUCGUUUAGAAACUACUAGUAUCUCUCUCAGAGGGUCAAACCCCUAAAAGGUCCACUUUUGCAAGAUUUAGUGGUACCUCAUGGGGAGGUGAAGUGGUCCCUUGAGGGGAGUCUUCAAAAGCCCCAGAGGUUUCCCUUGAGGGACCACUCUGGUGAGUAGGUUUGUAAAGUUCGCAUUUAGUUAUUUUGCGCGUGGCAUAUGGCGAAAGUCGCUUGAAGUCGGGCGUAGCUGAAAAAAAGGAGAUGAGAAAAAAGUAACAAGGAAAAACGCAGCGCGACCGCAACGCAUCGGGUCAUUUCAUGCUCAGGUGAAUCUUGGAAAGGUAACCAGAAGAGGGUUGAAAGGUGUAUGGAAGCUAGAAGGUCUUUGAGUGGUAAAAAUAGAAAAUGCCUGGCAGAAGGCUUCUGGAAGGCUUCCGGCAGGCUUUUCUUCUAACCAGAUAAGUAAAAGGUGUUGGGAAGCUAUUAGAAAGGCGCUUGACCAAUUGCUGGGAAGUUUCCAAACGCCUCCCGAGAAAACCAAAGCAGAAGCUUCCCAACGUUUACCUGAGUACGGAUUUUAAAAGUUUUGACCUUGGUAUUUUUUGUAGGACACUCAAUAUUUGUCGUCAUUGGAGUGUUGCCCGAAUGUGAGGCGAAUCAAUUGCUCAAUCUAUGUCCCUAUGUCCCGCCCGCGGUCGUUCGGGAAAAGCCGUCCCCGGUUAAAAAGCUGAUGACGUCGAUUGGACGACGUCUUGGAGCUGGGCCAAGUGGUAGGAUUUGAUUAAAACCAUUCAGAGACUUGAUACAAGUAUUUAUUUUUUCAAAAAUCAAAAUUAUACUUUUCAUAGUAGUCUCUUAAUAUAGGUUUUUAAAAAAAUAGGAAAAAUUCAGGGAGCUCAAUUUUAAAAUACUCUAUUGUUAGUCAGAUGCGCUCUACGGAUAAUUUUUUUCGGCAAGUGUUUUUUUGAGUCUUGAGAUGUCGUUAGCUUUGGAAAAAGUCUAGAAAAAGCUGGCAAGUCAGAAAAUGUAGCGCUAUGGAAGGAUCAUCGUGUUUCGACACGAAAAGAUACAGUAGCUUUUUGUAGAAUGCGUCUAUGACGUCAUCUCCAAAAACCCCUCAAGUGACCUCUUUGAAGAAAGCCAAAGGAACGGCAUUCCUAAUGGGAUGAGGGAGGGUGAGCUAGGCGUCAAAUUUUCUGGAUUCACAAAAAAAAAAGUAAGUGCGCGCUCCGGAUAAAAUGACGUCAUAGUAACACUGAGUAUCAAACGUUGAUAACUUGUUUUUUCGAUCACUUUUGGCUGCGUACUUGAGAUAUGAACUUUCGUGAAAUUCAAAAUUUGCAGACAACAAAGAAGACGCGGACCUCGCCGUGGCGAUGGCUCUCUCAAUGGAAGACUCCAACUCUUCGUCUUCCAAACCGGAAGACGACGACCUCCAGGCGGCCAUCGAGAGGAGCCUCACCCUGCAAGGACCGCCGUCGACGUCUCCAGAGCCUUCUGAAAUCUUCGCCCCGACGGCCAUCGUCCCGACGACGGCCGAAGGCGUCUAUCCCGGAGCUGUGAACAACGCCGUCGAGACCCCGAUUCUGGGAAAUGUCGAGCAGCAGAGGAAGGACCGCGAGAAGUUCCUCUCACGGUUCGAUUAA